AUGGCGCGGACCCUCCGGGCGAGAGGGUGGAAGCGAUCAGACGCAGCCGCGCCGAGGAAGUCCAAGACCAGCGGGGGCAAGGCGAUCAAGGGCAAGGGCGUGAAGUACGAGCGAUGCCAGAGCGCCUACGUGUUUUUCUGCAAGUAUGGAUGUGCCGCCGUGCUGCGGAACUGCUCCGGGACAAAGCUCGGGGAGGCAUCUCGCAUGAUGUCGGAGGCAUGGCGGAAGCUGCAGGCUGCAGAUCGCGCUACAUACGAGGUGGGCGCGAAGCUCAACAGGAGCCGGCGUGACAUUGAACGGCUGCAGGCCCGCACGACGCACGACGCCCAGAACGUCUCGGCCAAGGUGAAAGAGACGGUUUCUGCCUUGAUGAGCCUGCAUUAUACGACGCCCACUUGGGUGGGCUGCCUCGCUGAGGAGGCCAUCACAGCCAUGGAGGCACUCGACCGGCGCAUGUACCCUGAAGUGCGAGCCCUCAUCGGGGCCAGCUUCAGCACGGCGAUCUCCGCGCCCGCCGCGGCCGCGGCCAUGCGGCGCGCACUGGGCGGGCACCAGGGGGAGCGGCUCUGGGCGCUGCUGCGGCGCUGGACCAGCACGCGAGCCGCGCCGGCCGUGGCGGCGGAAGGCGCGGAGGCCCAUGGGCCAGGCAAGCGUGCGCCGAUCAAGGCGGCCGCCACGUCCGCGGUGGUCGUAGAGAUGCUCACCGAGGAUGUCCGCCAGAGGGUGGUGGGUGCCCUCGUGCGCACCUGCGCGAGCGGCACCGGGCGCGCCUCGAUCGACACCUGUCGCGGCAUCGAGCGGGAGCUGUUCACGCGCUUCGGCUCGGCCCCGAAGGAGUACCGGCUGCGAGCCCGCAGCCUGCUCUUCAACUUGCGGGCCGCAGAUGGCGUCCUGCUGGGCAGAGUCUUGGCCCAGACCUUGCCACCGUCCGAGCUGGUCGGGCUUGGGACGGAGGAAUUUGCCAACGACGCCUUGAAAGCCCAGCGGAAAGUUGAGAGAGAGCGUUACUUCAGGAGCGAGGUGCACCUCGCGCACGGGCUUCAACAUCGGAAGAGAAGGUGCUCGUCACUCGAGCUGCGCACUGGCGACGCCGCUGAGCAGGCCGCGGAUGAGCCGAUCGCCGACACUUCUGGGCCUGGCGGGCCCCAUCGACUGCUGAAGAGGCGCUGGUCGGCCGAGCAACGUGCAGACGGUGCCACGGCCGAGCAUGGAGCGGGCUCGGGGGGCGCCUGCUCGGGAGGCGCCGGCCCGAGCAGCGUGGCGGGGGGCGGGACUCGCAGCCUGCAGAGGAGGCGCUCCUCGGCCGAGCCGCGCGCCGCCAUUGCCGCGGCGAGGCGGGCAGUCGAAGUGCCGGACGCCUUCCCCGCAGGGGGCGCUGGGCGGAAGGCCGAUGCCUCGAGCCCCAGCAGCGGCCUCAGCUGUGGCAGCUCGGACUCCGAUUCGGAGUCGGACAGCAUGAACGGCAGCCUCAACGGCAGCAGCAUCUCGGGCAGUUCCUGUUCCGGGUCUGACCAUGCAAGCUCGGUCGCUGAGAAGCUCAGCGCGGCCAUCCAGCAAGUGCCGUCGUCGGGGCACAAGCGCAUCCUGACUGGCAUUUAG